AUGGAACAAACCGACCACGUGGCCGGCUUAGAUCCGGACUCACGCGCCGCCUGGCAGGCGAAGCCUAUUCGCCGGCGCAACCGCAUGAUUAAUAGAAGAAAGUUAAAAUGCUCUAAGACGAGCCCGUCCUGCACAAACUGCAACAAGGCUGCCCGAGACUGUCUAUACAUAGGACCACGACUGGACGAAGCUAGUCAAAUGCGCCUUGCUGAAAUCAAGGAGAAACAAGGAACUCUUGAACGAGAACUCGAGCGUGAUGUUGCAAAGUCUACGACGUCCAAGAGUACGUUACAACAGCGCAGCCUGGCCGACGAUAUUGUAGGUGAAGAUGACGAAGAGCGCGAUUUGGAGGCUACACCACUUGCAGCUUUAGAUGUAACGUAUGAGGACGACGUUGACGGGGCGGGUGAUAUGAUAGACCUAGGGAUCCAGAUCGGGAAAAUGCGCAUCACCGAAAGAAUAGGCGGUCUCUCGCGGCCUAGGAUAUCCGAAGAGAUAUCGGCUGGCAUCUCAGGCUCACAGCCUUUGGGUUCGCAACCUCCGCAUCACGGAGGGCAGGCGUCCGGCAUCGACGACCUACCCGAGUUCCUGAGGCCAGGGGACCAGUAUAUAGUACCCACUUCUGGCUUCUUCUUCGGUCAGCUGGGGGAGCCACCGUCGAUCCUCCAAUUCCUACCAUUUAGGGCCGCCGCAGAUCAGUUAAUGAAGCAAUACUUCACUUCUGUUCAUCCAAUUGCUCCUUGUGCCCAUAGGCCGACGUUGGAGGCUACCUACGCGACCUUCUGGGAGGAAAUAAACGCAGGAUAUGAACCCCGGCCUUCAAUGCAAGCUGUCAUUUUUGGUGCUAUGUUUAGCGGAGCUAUCAGUGUAGAUGAGAACACCCCUGAGUUAGUUGGAUAUCCCAGAGCUAGCUGGGUCUCUAGCCUGAAGAUGGGCACCGAAACCGCCUUAAGCAAGGCAAACUUUCUACGAACUACCAAGGUAGAAACGAUGCAAGCGUUUAUUAUGUAUAUGCUUCCCCUUUGCAGAGGUGAAGUGUCACGGGCCCACUCAGUACUCGUUGGUGCCGCAGUGCGGAUGGCUGAGUGCAUGGGUUUACAUCGUGAUGGAGAAGCAUAUGGUCUUACGCCGCUCGAAACGCAUGUUCGGCGUCUGAUCUGGCACCAAUUAUGCUUUCUCGAUAUUCGGACUUGCGAGGCCCAAGGACCGAAACCAGUGAUCAGGCGAGAUGACUACGAUACGAAAUUGCCUCUAAACUGCAACGACGAAGAACUCACACAUGCCGUAAGACCUCCAGAGCCAUCAGACGUGUGGACUAACAAUACUCUUGCCCUGAUCCGCUUUGAAAUCAACGAGAUGAUGCGCAUCAUAUGGAUCGACAGGCGGAGACUUGAAGCUCGCCGGACUACGUUAACAGCUGUGCUCACUAAGAUCGAAAACUUCCGCCGGCGGAUGUCAGAAAAAUACGAUCGCCUUCUAGAUGUUACACAGCCAAUCCAGAGGUAUGCAAAAUGCGUCAUGUAUCUAUUGACAUAUCGCUUGCACGUCAUGAUCCUGCAUCCCUACCACUCAAAUGCCGCCAACCCAAUGCCGCCACGGCUGAAUCAGCUUCUUAUCACAUCAGGGAUCAUGAUCGUCGAGCUCGCAAUACAACUUGAGACCAAUUCUAAUUUUAAGGAUUGGGCAUGGUAUCUUGGUGCUUAUUUCCAAUAUCAGAUCGCGCUGCUAUUGGCGACUGAAGUUUAUUACCGGCCGCAGUCUCGCGACGCUGAUCGGAUAUGGUCGUGUUUGGACUACGUUUUUGGCAUGGACCGCAGGCUUCCACCCGAAGCCAAGGCCGUGCAGCUCCUUUCCGAGAUACAAGGUAAGACUGCAGUAUAUAUGCGCAUGCGCAAGAUGCGUGGGCCCACAAGCCUCUCACGGGCCGUUCCUGGGCAAAAUGUUGUCGCGGGAACUUCACGGCCGUCGCCACUUGUGCAAGGUCAUCUACAACAACCGCUUCAGGGAAUAGCUCCGGAUGUACCCAAGGUUGAACCGGGGUAUACUCCACCAAUGCCGGCUGGCCCUGCGAUGGCACAACCACAGAUGGUGUUUGCCGGUGUUUCUGACGGGCAAGCACUAUGGAGCUUACCACCGAACCACGCAAGCCCGGGGAGCGAUAGCUCGAGCAUAGAGCAAGGGGGUCAACGGAUCUCUACACCGGGGACUCGGGGACCGGGGAUGAUACACAACGGUAGUAUCAUGGAUAAUAUUGAUUGGGACACAAUCAACUCUCUCUUUCCUAACGAUCCGCAAACGGGCGGGUUAAGCAUACAGGGAUUUCACGACCCGAAUUUCAGCGCUGCGGGUUGGAGCACUUGA